UGUGUGUGUGUGUGUGUGUGAGUGUGUGUGUGAGAGAGAGAGAGAGAGAGAGAUAGUGCGCGCGCACGUGUGUAGGCUAUGCACGCGGACACUUCAAUCCUCCUCAUGAGCGAUCGAGGCUCAUGAGGAAGGUUUCUCUCCACGACGCGCUCUGCAGCAGCCUUUGCUUGAAGCGUAGACUUAGUUGAAUGCGUAACAGCGACUCCUUAUUUGCAUCUUUUUUUCUUUUCUUCUUUUUCUUUCGCCGUCGCAAACAUUAGUGUGGACGGGCACACGGGAGUGGGCUGCUGCCCACCAAGUCUGACUGUGUUUCGGAGCUGCUGAGAAGAAGAAGAGACCAUGUAAGAAUCCGCAUCUCCGCGGAUCAUCACAGCCCCCCCCCCCCCCCCAAAAAAACAAAAAAAAAUGCAGAAAGGGAUGCGACUCAAUGAUGGCCACAUCAGCUAUCUGGCUCUUUUGGCGAAAAGGGACGGGACGAGGCGAGGCUGCCUGAGCAAGAGAAGCUCAGACAACACAAAAUGGCAUUCGAAGUGGUUCGCCUUGUUGCAGAACAUGCUGUUUUAUUUCGAGAACGACUCCAGCUCACGCCCCUCCGGACUGUACCUGUUGGAGGGAUGCGUGUGUGACAGGGCACCGUCCCCCAAACCAUCCCUCUCCGCGAAGGAGUGCCUGGAGAAGCAGUAUUAUUUCACCGUCACGUUUAAUCAUGACAACCAGAAGGCUUUGGAGCUGCGCUCCGAGGACGUCAAGGACUGUGAUGAGUGGGUGGCUGCUAUCACACAGGCCAGUUACCGGAACCUGGCUACCGAGCAUGAGACCCUCAUGCAGAAGUACCUCCAUCUACUCCAAAUCGUGGAGACGGAGAAAACGGUUGCCAAGCAACUUCGACAACAGAUAGAGGAUGGGGAAAUCGAGAUAGAGCGGCUAAAAUCGGAGAUUGCUGGACUGCUCAAAGACAAUGAGAAGAUCCAGUCAAAUCCAGAGGUGCCGCCCAGUGACGACGACACAGAGAUCAAGAAGAUCAAAAAGGUACAGAGCUUCCUGCGGGGUUGGAUUUGCCGAAGGAAGUGGAAGACCAUCAUUCAGGACUACAUUCGUUCACCCCACGCCGAGAGCAUGAGGAAGAGGAACCAGGUGGUGUUUAGCAUGCUGGAGGCCGAAGCUGAAUACGUCCAGCAGCUCCACAUCCUGGUCAACAACUUCCUGCGGCCUCUCCGCAUGGCCGCCAGCUCCAAGAAGCCGCCCAUUACCCAUGAUGAUGUCAGCAGCAUCUUCCUUAACAGUGAGACCAUCAUGUUCCUCCACCAAAUCUUCUACCAGGGUCUGAAGGCCAGGAUAGCCAGCUGGCCGACACUGGUUCUGGCUGACCUGUUCGACAUCCUGCUGCCCAUGCUGAACAUCUACCAGGAGUUCGUGAGGAACCACCAGUACAGCCUGCAGAUCCUGGCCCACUGCAAGCAGAACCGGGACUUUGACAAGCUGCUGAAGCAGUACGAGGCCAAGCCCGACUGUGAGGAGAGGACGCUGGAGACCUUCCUCACUUACCCCAUGUUUCAGAUCCCUCGUUACAUCCUGACGUUGCACGAGUUGUUGGCUCACACGCCCCAUGAGCAUGUGGAGAGAAAUAGUUUGGACUAUGCAAAGUCAAAAUUGGAAGAACUAUCCAGAAUCAUGCAUGAUGAGGUGAGUGAGACGGAGAACAUAAGGAAGAACUUGGCAAUCGAGCGGAUGAUUGUUGAGGGUUGUGAAGUGUUGCUGGACACCAGCCAGACAUUCGUCAGGCAAGGUUCUCUGAUCCAGGUGCCGAUGAGUGAGAAAGGGAAAAUCACAAGAGGCCGACUGGGCUCUCUGUCUCUGAAGAAGGAAGGCGAGAGGCAAUGUUUCCUCUUCUCCAAACAUCUCAUCAUCUGUACCCGAGGCUCUGGAGGAAAACUUCACAUCACUAAGAACGGAGUGGCCUCUCUCAUAGACUGCACACUGAUGGAGGAGCCAGAGGGCACAGAUGAUGAGUCCAAAGGUGAGCGGAGCGGCCAGGACACAGAGCAUCUGGACUUUAAAGUGAUGGUGGAGCCCAAAGACGUCCAGCCUUACACCAUCAUCCUGGUGGCUUCAUCCCGACAGGAGAAGUCAGCAUGGACCAGUGACAUCAGUCAGUGCAUUGACAACAUCCGCUGCAAUGGUCUGAUGAUGAACGCCUUCGAGGAAAACAGUAAAGUCUCCGUGCCACAGAUGAUUAAGUCGGACACGAGCUUGUACUGCGACGACGUUGACAUUCGCUUCAGCAAGAUGAUGAACUCCUGCAAGGUGCUGCAGAUCCGCUACGCCAGCGUGGAGCGCCUGUUGGAGAGGCUGACCGACCUGCGCUUCCUCUCCAUCGACUUCCUGAACACCUUCCUCCACUCUUACCGCGUCUUCACCAGCGCCGACGUCGUGCUGGACAAGCUCAUCACCAUCUACAAGAAGCCCAUCAGUGCCAUCCCGGCACGUUCUUUGGAGCUUUUCUUUGCCAGCAGCCAGAACAACAAACUCCUCUACGGCGAGCCACCCACGUCGCCGCGUGCCAGCCGCAAGUUCUCCUCCCCUCCUCCUCUCUCCAUCAGCAAGACGUCCUCGCCCAACCGCCGACGCAAGCUUUCGCUCAACAUCCCCAUCAUCACAGGGGGCAAAGCCCUGGACCUGGCCGCGCUCAGCUGUUCUCCCAAUGGCUAUGCAAGCAUGCACGCCACCAUGUCCCCCUUCAGUAAGGCCACGCUCGACAUCAACAAGCUCUAUGUGUCGAGCACCAUGGCCAGCAAAAUCCCUGACGAGGGUGAGCCCAAAGCCGAAGGCAAGGCUGAGGAGUGUGUCCUCAACAAGCAAGACCUGUCGGUGAGAGAGGAAUGUGAUGAAGACCCAGGUCAGAGUGACGAGACAGAAGCAGAAAUGUCUCCACCCAAGUCCCCGUCAACACCUAAGAAUGUCAAGUCAAAGAACUCUGAGUUUUCGCUGUUUUCCUUCAACAACGGCAUGGUGGUGUCAUCCUGCCGGGAGCUGGACAAUAACCGCAGUGCCCUCUCUGCCGCCUCGGCCUUCGCCAUCGCCACGGCCGGUGCCAAUGAAGGUACACCGACCAAGGAGAAGUACCGACGCAUGUCCCUCGCCAGCGCAGGUUUUCCUACAGACCAGAGGAAUGGGGACAAGGAGUUUGUUAUCAGAAGAGCUGCCACCAACAGAGUCCUGAAUGUGCUGCGCCACUGGGUCUCCAAACACUCGCAGGAUUUUGAGCUGAACACAGAGCUGAAGAUGCGGGUAAUUGGUUUCCUGGAGGAGGUGAUGCAUGACCCCGAGCUCUUGACACAGGAAAGAAAGGCAGCUGCCAACAUUAUCAGGACUCUUACACAGGAAGACCCCGGAGACAACCAGGUCACCCUGGAAGAGAUCACACAGAUGGCCAUGGAGGACUGUAAGACUGAACCAUUUGAGAGCCACUCUGCCCUGGAGAUAGCUGAGCAACUCACACUGCUCGACCACCUGGUCUUCAAGGUCAUCCCUUAUGAGGAGUUCUUUGGUCAAGGCUGGAUGAAGAACGACAAGAACGAGAGAACUCCGUACAUCAUGAAAACAACGAAACAUUUCAACGAUAUCAGUAACAGGAUCGCCACAGAGAUUCUGCACUGGGACGAUGUCAACACGCGCGUGGCGGUGAUGGAGAAAUGGGUGGCAGUGGCUGACAUCUGCCGCUGCCUCCACAACUACAAUGCCGUGUUGGAGAUCACUUCCUCUCUCAACCGCAGCUCCAUCUUUCGCCUCAAGAAGACCUGGCUCAAAGUGUCCAAGCAGACGAAGACUGUGAUCGACAAGUUGCAGAAACUGGUGUCAUCAGAGGGACGGUUCAAAAACCUGAGAGAAGCGCUGAAGAACUGUGACCCUCCCUGUGUUCCCUACCUGGGAAUGUACCUGACUGACCUGGCCUUCAUCGAGGAGGGAACUCCCAACUACACGGAAGACAGCCUGGUCAACUUCUCCAAGAUGAGAAUGAUAUCUCACAUAAUCAGAGAGAUACGCCAGUUUCAGCAAACAGCUUACAAGAUUGAUUAUCAUCCAAAGGUGGCAAAGUACUUGCUGGACUAUAGCACAGUGCUGGAUGAGGAGAGCCUGUACGACGCGUCUCUGAGAAUUGAGCCCAAGACUUCAUCAUGAACAGGAUCUCCCUCGGCCCUCAUAUUGUACAGGAACAAUAUAUCAUAAUGUACAUACACUAUUAUUUGUAUUAGACACAGUAGGUUGUCCUCUUCUAGUUUGUGCUCCCCAAUGGACCCGUUGUGUAUAAUUGUUAUUAGAGACUGAGUAGAAGCCCAGAGAGGUUUUAUUUAUAUAGUCACAGAGUAUUUAUAUGUUAUUUAUCGUCUUAAAUGCCAUUUUAUGAGGACUUUAUUUUCAACCACAGAAUGACCAGAUGAGAAAGUAUAUAGACACAAUACUCACUCACAUCAUACUGGGAAUAUGCAGUAUAACAACUCCCACUUUUCUGCUUACAUGUCAAAGUCAAGAGAGACCUGCACAUAACUGCAGAAAUCUUUCAACCCCCCCAUAUAGUCUGCAUUAUUAGUGCAGAAGCCAUUUCUUCAGCCUAUUUUUCAUCAAGUGUCAAUCUUAAAAUAAAUAUGCCUAUCUGCUAAUCCCCUAGCUGCAUGAUCAUUCAUGUAAAAGUUGCACUCUUUAAGGGUUGGUGGGACUGACACACCAGCUGGUUCUGACUGAGCUGGGACACAUUUUUGGUUUGGAGAGACGGGUUUUCAUGCUUUGCUUAUUACCACCUUAUUCCCCUGGUGGGCAGCGUGAUGUACAGUAUAUACAGUAUAAUCACUGGGCAGUGUAUGUAGCAGAUAUAACCAAUGUUGAGCCACUUUCAGAAAGUUAAAUUCCCAACUUUUGCAUUCAAACAGUGAAAGCUUAUCACGGUUAAUCCUCUUUGGCCAGUGCACUAUGGUUUUGCCUUAUAUCAUGAAAUGGAUUAUGUACCACAAAAGUACGAAGCUAUUUUGUUUUACAAUUUGCCGAUGAAACGAAAACAUUUGCUGUUUACACUUUAAUGCACAGGCAGUCUGACGCAUUUCCUAAUGUGCAAUGUGUUCCAAAAAUAUCCCUCAAAAUGUGUUGUCCUUAUGAUCGCUCAACUCUGUAAUAACUUUACUGUGUAUGACACAAAUGUUAAAAAAACAACUUAUCCUGUCUACUCCAAUGUGUAAACAGGAACUAUACAGUAGUAAUAUUGUGCUUAUUCUUGGAAUAUUUAUAUGUAUUUUUUACAGGCUUUGUAUAUCGAAACACCUACAGCUUAAGUGGCAGGCAUGUACCACUUUCACGUGUUCAAAUCAAUCUAUACCUAGAGCAGUAUGUGUACUGUAUUUACACCCCACCCUUGCACAUGAAUCUUUACCCUCUAACAGGCACAUCAGAUGUUUGCAGUGAGCAAUACCCAGUGGUAUGAGAAUUAUAUUUCAGUCUGUUUCAACAGCUUGAGUAAUAUUUCCAGUUUUGUAUGAAAGUGUAUUCUUUCCUGAUUACCUCUUGUUAAUAAAUCUAUUCUUUCUCAGGGGGAGAAGGGUC